UUCAGCCCCGUCCUGGCGUCGGUUGGGCUGAGGGUUCUCCUGCGGCAGUUGAGCUUCUUCUAAGGAUAAUGGGGUUUCGACAACCUUCGGAUGAAUAAUGUCGCCUUCUCAUCUCGCUGUGCCCGCUGCUCACGGACCAUUUUGCCAAACUGUCGCUAUAUUUGGGGAAAACACGUUGCUGCAAUUCCGGAUUUUUCGAUCGCGAAUAUGUCCUGGACAUGGGGUUUUUCUUGUUUCUUUUCUUGUUAAAAAAUCGUUUUCAAUUUUUUUAAUAGUAGCAUCAAAUCGGAUGCGUCACAACUGAGCAGAUUCCGGUUGAGUGGAGUAGGGAGGUGAGGAGUGUAGGGGUUGUUGCGCGACAUGCAUGGUGGCCGAGGAAUGGUGAAGGUCAAGGGGUCGGGGCUGGUGUGUGGAGUUUCUAUGUUGCGGGACCCAGUUGCUGUGUUUGCUGCGGUGGCGUAGUAUGGUAGCUAGCAGAUAUCAAAGUGGUCGUUCUGAUGUGCACCCAGGGUGUUGGCUUUGUUCGGAAGCCGAAGAUCAAUCACAAGAGGAGAGGGUCUGGGUCGGUGGUGUUUGGGCCGUGCGUUUAAGGAUUGGCGCGAUGUGGAGUGUGAAUAAGGAUGAUUUAGCUAGAAAGCAGGUAGGAUUAUUCAUCUCCCACAAGGAGGUAAUUGUGAAAGACUGGCCGUUUCUCAGGAUCCCGGUAGAUAAAUGGCCGAGUAUGCGUAUGAUUCGGCUCUCUCGAUGAAGAAUUUAGCAAUCCAAUUUAUAAUGCUGAAACUUAAGCAGAAUACGUACCAAGUGAAUCAAGAUGGAUCUGUGGGGUGAAGAUUGGAGAAAGGACUGUUUCUCUUCACAGAGAGGAUGUUGGUGGGAUUGAUUACAGUGCAAUGGAUAAUCCAUCUUCCGACAGUGCUGAUGGAAGUUUAGCAAACGUUGUAGGUGCAUCACAUCUUUCAGCUCGUUCUUGGCCAGAGACUCGGAAAAGCAUUCGUCUAGGGACUCUCAGGUGUUGUGCAGGUUUUAGCGUCGACUUUUCCGUACAAACAUGGAGGAAACUCUCAAGAAACGUCUCGGGUAUGUUAAGAAUUCUUCGACACAACGUGUUUACCUUCAUCUUGGUGUUGCUGAGUGGGAUCGUAACGUGGGAAAGUUCCGUGGACGAUCUCCGUGUCAGAAUCGACCGGACAAUCGUGUUCCCUCUGUAUCUCCCACAUUCUGUGGCGCUUGCGGCUGCAUGCGUUUGGACAAAAUCUGUCGCUCCUGGGAAUCUAGCGGGUUUAUAUUUGGUCAGGAUGUACAUGAUUUGGAGGGGUCACCUGGAGUUUAGUAGCUUGAAUACUACGGUCAUGUUCCUGGUGGCAUCUCUGGCGACAGUUCAAAGCCAUCUUGGUGCGUACUUCUUGCGCAAGAUCCUAUGUCGGGUUAGCACGAAGAGGUUUCCAACGAUCGACUCUGUGGCGGAAGCGUCGUGGUAUUUGACCAUCGUCUUCUUCCUUUCCUUAGGUUUUAGUAUGGUGAUCUCUUUGUGCAUUACCAUCACCCCUCUCAUCCAAUGGCAGAGCUUUUGGAGGUACUGGGGAACCUGGUGGCUUGGAGUUCUAGCAACCAUGAUCACUGUUACACCACUACUUACGCAUCUCUUAGCUUGGGAGUACCCAUCAAGCUUGAAGAGCCCCGGCAAAUUGCUCGAGUGCAUGCUGUGUACUGUGGCAACAGCAAGCAUCAUGGCCAUCGUGUUCUUCUUCAACUUUGAACACUUCAUGCCGCUGCCCUAUCUUUGUUUCCCACUCAUCGCGUGGACUUCAUUUCGAUUCAAUAGAGUGGGCUGGGCUAUCACAGUCACCACCAUCGCUUACUGCUGUUCUUUAGGAGCCGUCCGCAGGAAGGGUGCUCUUUACAAUAUAACGGCGGGAGUUUCACCUGCAUCCCCCGAGCUUGUCAUUCAGGUUGAACUUUUCAGCUGUGUGAUGGGAGUAAUAGGUAUAACACUGGCCGCAGCAGUACGAGAAAAAAAAGUUCUCACUCGGAAACUACAUCAAAUGAAUAUUGAACUGGAACACACUGUGGAUAUGAGAACGUUGGAGCUUCGUAAAGCCAAUGAGGAGCUCCAAGUUUCACAGAAAAAAGCUGAACAAGCUAGCCACGCGAAGUCGGAUUUUCUCGCUAACAUGAGUCACGAAAUCAGGACACCAAUCCAUGGGAUCCUGGGCUUAACUGCAUUGCUAUUAGAGUCUGAUCUCUCUCCUGACCAGACGGAAAGUUUACAGUCCGUGAAGGAAUGUGCGGAUCUUCUUUUGCAUAUCAUCAACAGCGUUCUAGAUCUUGCCAAGAUUGAAGCGGGACGCUUAGAGGUAGAGAAAGUCCCAUUUAAUAUUCGGAAAAUGGUAUCAAGCACGUUUCGCAUGCUACAAGCACGGGCGCAACAACGUGGCUUGAAGUUGUUAUGGGAGGUCGAUAAAAGCGUGCCGCAGACAUUGAUGGGUGAUGUUGGAAAGCUUCAGCAAUGUCUGUUGAAUUUAGUUGGAAAUGCCCUGAAAUUUACACACGAAGGCUCUGUGACUGUGAGUGUAAUAUUGACGAAUGACACGACAACUGCGUCCCUCAACACAGAUGAUGAACUUUCAAACAAAGCGCUUGGAGUAUCUGGUGAUAAGUCUGAGAGCCAGGACGCUCCAGAUACGAUGUUCGUCGAAUUCGAGGUGCGGGAUACUGGAAUUGGGAUUAGUCAAGAGAUACUACUUGAUAUGUUCAAGCCAUUCAAGCAGGCUGAUGCAUCCACUUCUCGUCUAUAUGGUGGAACUGGACUUGGUCUCUGCAUAGUUCAGAGAUUUGUUGAGCUUUUAGGAGGCACGAUAUGGGCUGAAAGCGAAGUAGGCAAAGGGAGUGCCUUUCACUUUCUCUUGCCUUUCUUUUCUAACAACCCAAAAGAGAAUCCAUUAGAAUCAUCCUCAAAAAUGUUUUCAGAUAAAAUCUAUAGCCGUCAGUCCUGGAGCCUGAUGGGAGGGUUGAUUUUCAACCCACCUGGCAAAUAUCAGAAUGAGUCCAAUCAGCUAGGUUUUGGAGCCCAGGCUCAGAAUUCAAACUUUGCUGCAAGGGUUCGAUCAUCCAAUGAUCUUUUAGGACUGCGGAAGGAUAACAAUGGUACGGCAUUGGGUAAUUCUGACAGCAGUGAUCCUUCAACCGUGAAUGGAUAUUCGUCAGUUUUUCGAGAUUCCAAGCAUAGCGGUAGUUUAGUGCGACAAAAUAGUCUCGGUCCAGGACACUUCGCGUGUGUUGCACCUCAACGGUUACAAGAUGGAUCUAGUGCAGUAGUUGAUGAACAGCGUACGGAGAAGACACGGUCAGAUCCAGCCGGUGCAUUGAACCAAUGUGACAUGCCUCUGAAGUGGGAUUCUUUAUGCAGUGACCGAAUCUCAAGCGGUGAAGCCACGCAGGUGUCACAACAGGAGUCUUUCCUGAAUUCAGCUAUUUGUCAUAGUAACCCGGAAUCAUGGGACCUAGUCCAGCCACAGGGCUUCGUGUCAGAUUCAGCACGAACAUCUUCAACUUUUUCAGGUAGGAGUUUAGGAUCUGAUUUCUUAAGGGCAUAUGGAGGUCUUGUGAAUGCUGAUAAUCCGGGAGGGGAAGAAGCCCUCAAUGAGUCAGAGGAAUGUGAAAGAGGAAAUUUGACUGGAUUAGCAGAUGAUUUGCAUUGUGUAAUUGUAGCGCAUAGUCUACAUGGGAAGUCGGCUUCAGUGAGGUCAGAUCUUAGCAGAGAAUCAUCUGCGGAGUUAGAAAAGAUGUUGGAUUGCAAGGUUAGUCUAAACAUACUUCUGGCGGAAGACAACGCCAUUAAUCAAAAGGUCGCCAGCAGACAGCUUCAAAAACAUGGACACUUAGUCACCAUUGUGGGUGAUGGCCAGCAAGCCCUGGACGUGAUCUCUUGUCGUCACGACGAGUUCGACCUCGUGUUGAUGGACGUCCAGAUGCCAAUAAUGGAUGGAUUGAGGGCUACAGACCUUAUACGAAAAGCUGAGCGUGAGAACAGCUGGACGCGAGUGCCUGUACUCGGGCUUACUGCACAUGCUAUUCAAGGCUACCAAGAGAUAUGCCUGCAACAUGGAAUGGAUGGCUAUCUCGGAAAACCUUUCGAUAUUCACCAGCUUCUCAAAACGAUCGGUCAUUUGUUGCCCCCUGAUAGGCUUUGUCCGCAGCUGUGAUCUGAUAUUUGUACAUUUUUUUGGUGAUGGUUGGGGGAAAUUAUUACAUUGAACAAUGUUUCGGUGGUAUUGAACCGUGCCCUGAUUGACAUGAUCAUCUCAGCCAUUUUCCUGUUACAUUGUAUGCGUCUAUACAAUUCCACACAUGCAGAUCUUACAUA